CUAGAACCAUAACCCAGCACUAGCUAGGGAAGUACCCAAAGAAAGACCCGUCGCCUCUCAACUCAAAGUGAGGGUCUGGGUGUCUGACGCGACCGAGUUUGCUUAAUCGUGGUCAAUUAAACAAAAAACUCACCCGCGCAACGAACUCUCCCUCAACCGUUCCCAAUCCAACCCCUUCCCAGCCUCAAUCCGCCCUCUGCAGACAGCAACCGCACCUCCAUAUCUUGAUCAAACUGUGCGCGAUUUUGCAGGCAAGCAGGGUUAUUUGUCUUCAUUGAAUGUUUCCUCGGCGUAUCGAUGCCCUUGGUAUCGAAAUAGAUAUCGAAAUCUGCACAUCCCUCCAUCCCUACAUCCCCCUGUCACACCCUUCACCUUCUAAACGGCCUGGGCCCCAUCGCAUCUUUCGCUUGUGAAAAAAGUGCCCGCGCCUGGUCGCAUGCGCAUAUUUUCCAUUGCGAAGUCAUAAAACAGAGUUGUGCGACAACUCGAAACCACACGCCCAUUAUGUCGCCGUCGAAGCGAUCCUCGGUCAAACGGGGUGCGAUAAAGCGCGAGGCUACUGCCGACCACACCGACGACAUGUCGCCGACGCGGCCUGCCAAGAAGCGCAGGAGACAAGCUCCCGCCGGCUCUGAUGCCUCCGGUCUCAAGCUUACUACCGCAGAUGAACACUCGUCCGAGCCCGACCUUGCCGAGGAGCCCGACUCGAGCGCCCUGGCCGACACAUCCGGCAUCGACCUCCACGACGCCACCGAAGUUGCGAACCGCGUCUCGAGCUGCCUGAAGCUGCCCCAGAAGCCCAAGGAGUCCCUUCGGGUGAGCAUAGACCACGCAAACUCUUCGCAACACUACGUCACGCGCAGCGUCAAGGCCUUUGCGCAGAUUCUCGGCCACGACUGGACCUACUUUGUCACCCACACCACCAUCAACAUCGGCCGCGUCCCGUCAGAUCAUUCGAUCAAGCAGCCGCCAGAGGACAGCGAAGACCACGUUCACAUCGACCUGGGGCCGACCAAGACGUACUCACGGCUGACCGCGCGCAUCCGGUUCGAAAACUCGUGGACCUUGGAGGUCAAGGCCAAGAGCGGCAUAUUGUUGGACGAUGUAUUCCUGGGACCUGGAAGCAUGGUAGAUCUCACGAGCGGCAGGGUGAUCAGCGUUGGUGACGUCGAGAUGAUCUUUAUAUUACCGCUUGAGAGCGCCCCUCUGCGCAUACAUCCAACGUAUCUAGAACGCGCUGGCCUGGGUGGCAACGAGUUUGCGCUCCCAGUAGGGGCGGAAGGGAAGCAAGAGGUUUUAGAGGACUCUCUUCAUGCAACCUCGACUACGAACCUGCCCAGGCCUUCGAGCAGUCGUGUCCCGCUCCCGCGGGGACAGCCCCAGCCCCAGCCCCAGCCCCAGCCGCAGGCCAUCGCACCUGCACCUCCUGACUAUAGGCGUCCUGGUACGCCGCCAUCAGUUCGGAGUCGGGCCGGUGGCCGUGGGCCAAAGUCUUCACCGUCCAAGGAAGCCGGCACCUUGUUGAUGCACCCCAGUGAUGUUGAUCUGGCAGCGGACGAGAAUCAGCACAUCAAACCGCAAUAUAGCUAUGCGCAGCUCAUCACCCAAGCAAUCAUGAACACGCCAGAUGGAAAGCUCAACUUGAGCGGCAUUUACAACUUCAUCACACAAAACUAUUCGUACUACAGGAGUCAAUCCAGUGCGGGCUGGCAGAACAGCAUCAGGCACAACCUAUCACUGAACAAAGCUUUCGAAAAGAUUGCGAGGUCUACCGAUGAGCCAGGCAAGGGAAUGAAAUGGACACUAGUAUCAGAGGCCAGGGAAGAAAUGAUCAAGAACGCCUUCAAGGGCGGAAGGGGUGGUCAUCGGGGCUCUUCAAAUCCUUCUUCUCCCAGUCAGCUGAACUAUGUCAACCAAGGGCCCAGAGAAAUGGCGGCUAGGGACGGCGCACCAUCAGCAAGGAAACGAAGGGUCUCUCCAUCCGGCUCGCCACAACCCCGCUCAGCACUACGAGACCUCCAGACCCCGAUCCGUGGAAGCUCCCGACGGCUACUACCCGACGAACCAGGCAUGGGCGGAGACGGCAGCCCGCUGCCGCGCAUCCGUGCGCUUGGUACGCCCAAGCUGCUCCCACCCCACAUGCCCUCGCGAGCAUUGUCCAUCCCCAAAUCGCACACGGACGUUUCAGACGUUGCGACUGACGACGACCACGUCCCGCGCUCGCCCACCCUGACGAGCUCCUACGGCCAGGACGAGAGUGGGCUCUCGUUCGUCACACCCGCGCCUCACCGCGUCAACCUGAGACUGGCCCCUCCGAGCACGGCCCAGCGUCCGAGCCAGCACAUGCCCACAAGCUCGCCAGCGCCCUUUUGGAGGUAUGCGGACAUCGGAAGCACGCCGAUGCGUCCCGGUGCCCUGGACUUUAGCCCCUCGAGGAACCGCCUCGACCCCGUCCCGCAGAGCAGCAGCCCGCCGAACAAGUCUCCAGACCAGAGUCCCACGCGCAGGGCGAGGCCGUCGUCUAGGGAUCAUAUCAAGGAGGAGCAGAGGGAGGAUCCGGAGCCGCUCGAGCCUGUCAAUGGCAAGCGGCCGGGGUCCGGGCAGGCGUUGCCCCCUGACAAUGACGAAGACGACGAAGCGGAUGGCGGCUUCGAUCUCACUAAGGGAUUCCAAAGUAUCGGGUCGUACCACGCUCCCGUGGGCCUCGGCUUCCAAGUUCUUCCUGCAUCUGGAAACAGGUAGACCAUUGUUCUUUUUCUCUUCCUCUUGAAAAAGAAACCAAGAAGAGAAAAGAAACCAAAAGAAAAAGAAAAAAACCGUUGCACAACCUCUGCUAACACUGGUGAUUUUCGCGGCUUAUUUUUUGUUGUGUUGUUCAUUAUUGUCUCGGUUGUAGUUUUUGUCUUGGUCAUUUUCUUUUCUUCCUUGCUGCCUUGGGUCUCUUUUUUUUUUUUGCAACGUCACCAACUAACUAUACUGCAAAGCCAGACACUCAGCAUGGGGUUUCUAUUUGCUUCUUUUUUCAGGGUGGCUUUUGCUUGGCUGCAUGCGUGAGGCGUUUUUUUUUCUUUGGCCAUGUACAAAAUUUCCCAUCUUAUCUUGCAAGAGAUCACGCCAUCUACGUCUAUCUCCCGGCAUGUUGGGCUUGUUUGAAAGCUAGCUAUUCAUUGAGAGCAGCACCCUUCUGAGGAUUGUGAAAUCCAACUGAUCGGCUCCUCCCAUGUCGGCACCAUCAUAGCAUCAAAUACGUCGAAUAUAAUCAUUAAUUGAAAAUGUGCGAAUGAAC